ACGGUUGUCAGUGAGCGCGCGUCUUCAGGAGCUGGCGGCAGCAGUUUGCGAUCGGGACGUUCCAGGCGGCAUUGCCGCUGCUCCUUCAUUAGAACGGGAGCACGUAACAAUCAUGUAGAAUGGCAGAACCGCCAAGCAUCCCAUUUAGAACCACGGGUUCCAGGUUGUUACACCCGCUCAGUAUCCUCUUCAAUGUGCCACUGGACCAGGUGAAUUUUGCAGUGUGUCAGUCGUUUGCCCUAUUUGCUGCCUUCUGGUUCCGUCUUUAUCUGAGUCCCAGUAGAGCUGGUGCUAUUGUACGUCAUGUGGUCAUCACAAUGAUUGGCAUAUAUUUUGCUAUUUUCUGCUUUGGAUGGUACUCAUUGCACAUUUUUAUAGAAGUUUCUUUGUGUUACUGCAUUAUGAUAACAGCGAGCGUCUCAAACAUUCACAGGUAUUCAUUUGUAGCAGCAAUGGGCUAUCUCACGCUGUGCCAAAUUAGCAGAGUAUAUAUCUUUAAUUAUGGACUGUUGGCCACAGAUUUCUCUGGUCCAUUGAUGAUAGUCACCCAGAAAAUCACCAGCCUUGCCUUUCAAAUACAUGAUGGGCUGGGACGUAAAGAUGAAGAACUCACAACUGAACAGCGCCGUCUUGCUGUUAGUGCAAGGCCUACUUUACUAGAGUAUUGCAGCUAUCAUCUAAAUUUUCUAGGUAUUUUGGCUGGGCCUACCAGCAGUUACAAGGACUACAUUGCUUUUAUUGAAGGAAACCAUAUAGACAUGAAACUAAUAGAAGAACAUUGGAAGCAAAAAGGCUUUAGCAAAUUUCCUGAUCCAUCCCCAUUGCCUUCAGCUAUCUUGGCCCGCACUCGAGAAUUGCCUCACUCAACCUGCCCACAUCUCUACCGCUCUCUCCUAGCACAAAGGAGGAUGGCUGUGGUUGUUGGAAACCAAUCGUCUCAGUUUCUGGACAUUGCUGUGGUAGUUCUUCAGGACAGUGACCUAGGCCGAAUCAUCUUCAGCUCCUUCAUUAAUGACCAUCAUAAGAGAGCUGUAGCAAACAAAAUGCUUAUCACCUUUAUAUGUCUAGUUUGGUUUACGGUAAUUACGAAGAACUUCCCUAUCUCCUACAACGUGGAUGACAAGUUUAUAAGUGAAGCCUCGUUCUUCAGGAAGCUCUGCUACCUCUUCAUUUCAGUCCAUGCAUCCAGACCCAAGUAUUACUUUGCUUGGACUUUAGCUGACGCAAUCAAUAAUGCAGCUGGUUUUGGGUUCAGUGGCCUUGAUAAAAAUGGGAACUUGAGAUGGAACUUAAUCUCAAACCUAAACAUCUGGAAUAUUGAGACUGCUACAAGUUUUAAAAUGUGCCUGGACAGUUGGAACAUUCAAACUGGAGCUUGGCUAAAGAGUGUCUGCUACGAUCGGGCCCCCUACUUCCCCACAGCUCUAACAUUUAUCCUUUCAGCCUUGUGGCAUGGAGUGUACCCUGGAUAUUACUUCACUUUCACGACUGCAAUUCUUAUCACGCUGGCAGCAAGAGCAAUGAGGAGCAACUUCAGACAUUACUUCCUUUCUUCCAGGAUGAUUAAAGUUGGCUACGAUAUUGCCACUUGGGCUUCUACCCAACUGGCUCUCUGCUACAUAGUAACGCCUUUCCUCCUACUGGCUACGGAACCCACAAUCAAAUUCUACAAGUCAAUGUAUUUUCACUUUCACAUUCUGUGUGCCCUAGUGCUGCCAAUUCUGGCAGUCAAGAAGCAGAAGAGUGUUACGCAAAUUGAUCCAACGUUCUUGAAGGCCAAAUCCUCUAACCCAGCCCCCAAUUGCCAGCAGCCCAAGAAGGAGCAGUAGUGACUCAGCAGAAAUGAAGUAUUUUGGAAGUGAGAGAUGCAAAUGAAAAUCUGUUGGUGCCAUUUGGGUGUGGGAAACAAAAGAAACAGCAGUUUGUAUGUGGGCAGUCUUCAUCUCAAGAGUGUCCAUUUGAAGAUUUAAUGAAUGAAAAGGUUUAAUGAAGUAUAUGUUUGUUUACUAUACAGAGAUCCCUGCAUUGAACAGCCACUUGUCACUGACCCUACCCUUGCUGCAGUGAUUGAGCCUGGGUCAUGUGGGUGCCUGUAGAAUGCGGGCAUUGCUGUCAUUUGCCAAUUUGGUGAGAUUCUUUUCCUCAAAAUCACAUGAUUGUCCCAUGAAUUUUUGGACACUUUCAUUGUGAAUGGUAUAUGUAUAUAUAAAUGAUCUCUCAUCAGUUACCAGAGAGUUGCUGGUGAAGUCUUGAAGUUGAGUAAUAGUUCAAGAUUUUUUUGGCUGGAUUGUUAAAAAACUAACACUAUUGCUUUAAAACCUAUAGUUUUCCGUUGUUAUUUGAAGCUAAUCUAUCAUAUUUUCUUACAAACUUUCCCCUUGCCAGGUGACAUUUUUGCGCCCUACCAACAAGGCAUAUUUGCCAUUGGUUUUAUGUUCCUUAACAAGCAGCUAAACCCAUGGACACAAAUUCCAACCUAUAGAUUUGUAAUCUGAUAAUCUGAGCCUUGGGGCUCUAAGUGGUUGGUCUUGACUGGUUGCAGUUUAGGGAGAAAAAACUGACUGUUCUGACAAAGGCAGGUCUGCUGACUGGAGCCCCUUAAAGUAGUAGCACUACAUUUUAGCUGGAUGAAGAACACGUACAGAUUAAAAAGAGGCGUGCACUGGGAAAAUGAUCAUUCAGUAUAAUUUCAGUGGCGGAUUGUUUCAUUGAAGAAUAAGAGCUAAACAAAUACAGUGAUUGAGAUCGGGGCAAAUGGUUCCAUAGAUUGUGCUAAAUAUGAACUUGCAAUAAUUCAGUGUUCUGUUUUGUUUGUAAAAUUUUUUGAUAAAAUCAAAACCGCUUGUAAGUAAGAAUGUUAUGCAUGUUUAUGAUAAUAGAUUUUAUAAUUAUAGAUAACUUGAUGUUGCCAAUAAUUUUUAUAUAUUAAAAUUAUUUAUUUCUUUUA